GGUCCGUUCCCCCCGGUUCCUCUCCUCAGAGAUGGAGCCCCUCUUCGUGGAGGAGCUGCGGUCUUCAGUGAACCUGCUGAUGGCCAACCUGGAGAGUCUGCCAGUCUCUAAGGGGGGGCCGGACUUCAAGCAGAAGCUCAAACGCUCCAACAUGAACAACUCCUUCCUGGACAUGGACGAGGGGGACGUCCUGUCGAAGUCCGACGUGGUGCUGUCCUUCACUCUGGAGAUAGUGAUCGUGGAGGUUCUGGGUCUGAAGUCUGUGGCCCCAAACCGCAUCGUGUACUGCACCAUGGAGGUGGAGGGGGGGGAGAAGCUGCAGACUGACCAGGCGGAGGCCUCCAGACCGCA